UUGAAUACGCAGCAACGUGUCACAGCUCUCUGGGAACCUAGGAAGUAGAAUAUGAUUUUGGCACGAUCUAGUCCUGGAUUUGUUUUCUGCAUCCUCUUCAUAAUAUCCUAUUUCACAAACAAGUAUGUCCUGUCUGUCUUGAAGUUUACAUAUCCCACCCUUUUUCUGGGGUGGCAGACCUGCACUGGAGCGCUUUUGCUUUUGGUGACUGGGAAGUUGGGAUGGGUGGAGAUAAACGGUUUUUCCAGAUCUGCAGCUCUGCUCUGGCUCCCUGGGUCGGUCUUUUUCUUAGGGAACAUUUAUGCUGGAUCCAAAGCCUUGUCCAUCCUGCCGAUCCCCGUCUUUUUUGUGCUACAAAAUGUGUCAGAAGUGGUCUUCUUCAUCAUCAAUAGAGUCACCCAAAAAGAGAGAUCAUCAUGGAUAAAAAUAUUCAGCCAAACAUUGAUGCUGAUGUCAGCUUUUAUCCUCAUGCUGCACAAUCCCCAGUUUGGACCAAAUGGCUAUAUAUGGGCCUCCAUCCACUUUUUCUGUAUUGGGUCAUACAGAGUGUUCCAAAAGAAUUCAAAGUCUGGUCUACUAAGUGAUUUUGAACAGCAGUUAAUCAACUACUUGGUCAGCAUAUUCCUGUUAGCUUCAGCUGCCCAUCCAACAGGUGAUCUCUUUGGUGCCUUGGAAUUCCCCUUUCUCAUGUCCUAUAAAUUUCAUGGUGGAUGUUUUGCCAGUGCUGUAUUUGGCUUUCUCCUGCUGCUGGCAUCAGUAAAGUUGAAGAGUGGCCAAUCUUUGGUACAGUGUGCCAUCUGGGUCUUACUGGCUAAGAUACUGGCCUCUGGACUGUCCAUUUUCAUAUUUAGUACAGACCUCAGUCCCCUAACAGUAUACUGCAUCCUUACAAAUCAUGCUGGGGAAGCAUUAUCAAUACAUUCUGACAGAAUUCAGGAGAGAUAAGUGGGGAAAAAAUGGUUGGUAGUACAUACAGAGAAUUUUAUAAUCAAGUAUUAAGGAAAAGGUUUCCUUCCUUUCUACUGUUUUCUAUGAGCUAGCCACCUGUUACAUAGGUGCAAGAUUUAGCAUUUUCAUCACCAUCCAAUUGAAAUAUGCUCAACAAUCUGCUCUGCAUUAUGACAAUUUAGAAGAGAAUGCAACAUAUCAAUGAAAGGCAUUUUCAAAGGUUUGUGUUUACAUAUGUACUUAUGUUUAAAAUGUUAGAUCACAUUAUAUAUUUAUUUUUUUCAUUUUUUUACUGUAAUAAGAAUUGCUGGUGAAGUGCCUUUGAGCCCAAUACUAAGUGCAAUAAAUAUACAGAUUGUUUAAAUGCAUUCUCUUGUUAAAGUACCAAAAUCAAGUGUUAUAGUACAAAGCUAGAUUUUGCAGUUAGUAGGCUAACUUCAGUCUCAAUUGGCAGCACCGAGUAGAACUGAAGUUACUGAUUAAGCUUACUUUCAUCACACUGUGGUGUGUAUCUUUGAAUAGCUUUGUUGUAUACCCCCCAUCACUUUCCGUACUUCCUGGUUGCUGCUUUACACCAUGUAAUCACAGCUGUGUUAAAUAUUACACUCUAUGCCUGCUGAGUGCAUUAUUCAUGGUAAUAUGAUUUCAGUUUACAGAGCCUCUGGAAGGACAAGGGGUACUUUUUAGGUAAAAAUCUGGUGUGCACCACAUACUGUCAUGUGCUCACUAGAUAUUAUCAAGUGCGUACCAGAUUUCAUCUAGUGAGCAUCAGAUUUAGUACACACUAAAUAGUACCUGGUGAUAACCAAAGAGUAUCUGGUGCUUAUCUGAUUAUAUCUGGUGCUCACCUGACAGUGUAUGGUGAGCGCAUGAAAGCACGUCCUUUCAGAGGCUACAUACAAUUUUGUAUGGUUUUUGGUUAAAUCUUUUAUGCUCAAUGAAAGGAAUGUUCAGAGAGUUCUGUAAAAAGGUUUUGUCAGUUUUGCCAUGUUGCACCUUGUUUGGUUAUUUCUGUUUCUUGAUUUACCAAAAUACGGUUGUUUCCAAGUGACCUUUUCUCUGAAAGGAACUGAAUACAUAAAUAAAAUAAGGAACUGAAUAAAUAAAAUAAAUAAAAAUCAUUAUACACAGUGGAUCUUGGUGCGCUUGCAAUAUACAGUGAAUUAGAUAAUGGUUAACUGAAAGAUAAAAUAAAUAUGCAGAUACACUGCAAACUUAAUAAUAUUGUGUUGCUGCACAAUUCAUCAGUCUCUGUCUACCCUGUACAAUAACGGAAAAGAACCACCACUGCUGAUCAGACUUGCCAUCUGGUAGAUUUGCUGAUGCGGUUUCAGACACUGUAUAGCAUACUGUUAGCUAUCAAGUGGACUAGAUAAACCAUGACAUUUGAAGUAAAGGGAAAAUUGAAUAAGUAU